AUGGGUCGACGUUCAAAAAGACGCUAUCAGUCAUAUAUCCCUGUCGAUAAAACAGAAAUGAAAAACAAAACUCUAUUUUUUGUUGCUGAUCUAGAAACUCUUUUAUUAAAAAGACGAGACACGGAUGUCGACAAAACUCACGUGCCCUACGCAGGGGGGUAUAUGAUGGUUGAUAUGGAAAAGCGGGUUAACGCGGAGCAUAUUACGACGUUCUAUGCACAUGACUACUCAAAAGUGUGCCAGGAUUUUCACGAUAUGAGUGAAAAGAUGCUCACAGAGAUGAUUAAUAGAAUAGUAAAGGAUGUUCAAAGAAGAGGAAGUUCAAUGGUUGUAUACUUUCACAAUUUAUCUCAGUUCGACGGUAUUAUGAUACUCUCUUUUUUAACUAAAAGUUAUAAAAACUGUCAUAUAGAGCCCAUCAUGAGAAACGACUGUAUUUAUUCCAUAAAACUGUAUAAGGUAUCCAAAAAUGGGGAUAAAAGGCUUGUUUUAACGUUCAUGGAUUCGUACCUCCUGUUGAAAGUAAAGCUCGCUGAUCUAGCCAAUAGUUUUUGCCCAGAAUUGGGGGGGAAGGGAUCUUUCGAUCACCAGAAUGUCACCGUUGAUAAACUACCUAGUAUUAGGGAAGACUCUUUAACUUAUCUUAAACAAGAUAUUCUAAUAACAGCUGCUGUUAUGCAACGCGCUAAAGCCAUUAUUUGGGAAGAGUAUGGGAUUGAUAUCCUGAAAGUAUUAACAAUAUCAGCAUUGGCCCUAAAAAUAUUUAGACGUGUUUACUAUAAGGAUGAUGAUGAUAAUCGCAUCUACAUUCCUGACGAUAAUGAGGCUCAAUUUAUUAGGGAAGGCUACUACGGUGGUCACACGGACGUGUAUAAGCCAUACGGGGAGAAUUUGUAUUAUUAUGAUGUAAAUUCUCUAUACCCCUCAUCUAUGCUAGAUGAUAUGCCUAUAGGCAAGACCCGCUGGGUUAGUGAUCUAGGAUCAAAGAAAUCAAAGAUUGUGUUGAAUGAUAUGUUUGGGUUCAUUAGAGCUUUUAUAAUUUGUCCUAAGCAUAUUAAAAAGCCUCUUCUACCUUAUAAAAAGGAUGAUGGUACGAUAAUCUUCCCCACGGGGAGAUUUCUCGGUGUUUAUUUUUCUGAGGAGCUUAAGUAUGCAGUAAGUUUGGGCUACAAAGUAUACCCGAUCUGUGGAUAUAUCUUUGAUAGAAAGGAAUCACCAUUCAAGCGUUUUGUGUACGACAUCUACAGCAAAAGGCUUGAUGCUAAGGCUAAAGGGGAGAAAGCUCUGGAUUUCAUCUAUAAAAUCACCAUGAACAGUCUCUACGGGAGGUUCGGGAUCAGCCCCGAAAGCACAACGACUCAAAUUGUUUCUACAGAAGAAAGUAGAAAAUUAGCUCUCUAUAAUGAUGGGUUUGUUCAAAGUUAUGAGCUUAGUUCAGACAAGUGCCUAGUAACAUGCAAAAAUGUCAGAAGUUUGGAUUUACUGAAGCUUAGUUCAGACCGCCCUACUUAUGCUGCUGUUCAAAUAUCGGCCGCUGUCACGGGUUAUGCCCGCAUAAGAAUGCACCCAUUCAUUUCGAGGGAUGACUGCUAUUACACGGAUACGGACUCAGUCGUUGUUGAGAGGGAACUUCCUGAAGAAGAGGUAUCACCUACCGCUUUGGGUAAGUUUAAGCAUGAGCACUUUGUCGAAUAUGGCAUCUUUUUAGCACCUAAGUCCUAUAUGCUUAAGGCAUCUAGUGUGGACCAACCCAUAAUAAAGUUUAAAGGAGCGGGUAAAGAUGAGGCUGAUGAAGAAUGGUUCAUCAACCAGCUAGCUGACCCUAGGGCUAAAAAAGUGAUUUCAUAUGUCCGAAAGUUCAGUAGAAACUUCCGUGAACUGUUGGUUCAAGAGAAAAUGUGUAAGUAUACCAUGGGGUUAGAAAGUAAAAAGAGGGAGUAUGUGUUCGACAAAAAUGGAGUAUGGGUUGAUACUAAGCCCUGCCAUAUAGGUGACUUUGAUGUGAAAAGUAUCAAUCCGACCUCCUAUCGGAUAAUUAUGAAUUUGUUAGAGGAGAAUGAAGAUCUCCGAAAUGAAUUUUCUAAUUCGGAAAUCAUGAUUGCUAAUCGGGAGAUUCAAGCUGAUGCUGCUAAAAAGAGGAAAGCCUCUAAGCUAAGAGGAAAGCCUCUAAGAGGGGGAGACACCCCUUCUCAUAUUGAAGAAUAG